AUGAAAAUAACCUUGAAAAUGAAGAAAAUGAAGAAAUUCCUUAAAAAAUGGUGGAGCGCGGCUGUUGGAGGCGAACAUAGGAAGAAGGAGAUAACUGUAGACGUAGGUUGCUACAACAGAGAGAGUGGUGCGACUGAAACACGGAUGGUCCAAGGAAGAUACGGCGAUCGGAGGUCUGGUAGGGUUGGAAAAAGGUGCGUCUUGGAGUAA